UAGAGUGCUGCUCCGUGACCUCCUGACCCCGUGACGCCGACUCUUCCAACAUGUCUUCUGAAGCCACGCCCAUCCAGGAGUCUCGACCUGUGACCCCUCCGCUGACCUCCCCAAAAUCUCCAUGUUCACCAGAGUCUCUGCAUCUUCCAACCUACAAGCUCAGAGAACGCUCGCCUUCCCCAAUGAGAGACUUCCUCAUCCCCAGCCCUCUGCCCACACGCAGGAACAGGACCAUCUCGGCGUCCACCCGGGCAGCAGAGGGCCCCGUGUUUUCUGGAGUGUGUAAAUGUUUCUCCCGCUCCAAAGGCCACGGCUUCAUCACACCUUCAGACGGAGGCAACGACAUCUUCGUCCACAUCUCAGACGUUGAGGGCGAGUACGUCCCGGUGGAAGGAGACGAGGUGACCUACAAGGUCUGCGCCAUUCCUCCCAAACACGAGAAGAUCCAGGCGGUGGAGGUGAACAUCACCCACCUCAAACCAGGCAGCAAGCAUGAGACCUGGGGGGGGCACGUCAUCAGCAGCUGAGCGUGCCGACCAUCACCGUGGAGACGGGGGGUGGGGGGGGGAUUUAAAGGUGUGUGAAUGGAGGAUGCUGUGGGUGAAUCAUGUUACCAGCCGUCUCUUCUUCUUCUCACUCAAGCGUGAGCCGCCGCCCUUCGACUCCAUCCGGACAGAACCCGCUUUUCUUUCCUUGGAUCUGAAAUCUUGAGCGGAACCGAACCCGCAGCUCUCGUUAUUCCUGUAGAACCUCACAGAGAUGCGUUUGGAAGUGUUAGGGAUCAUAAAACGCUCUAUGAAUGUCGGAGUGUCUCCGCUGAUCUGGUGUCGGCUAAUCUGACAGAAGCAUAAAUCCAUAAUCGUGUCAUGUUUGGGUGAAAUAAAAGACUUUUAACGAU